AUGACGGCCUCAAGUAGAGGGUCGCGGGUCGUUGUGCCUCUCCUAAGGAGAGCACCUCAAUUGUGCAUCCGUUGCGCAACACUCCCCCAGCAUACGUCGCCGUCCCCCAAGCGAUCCUACUCCUCAAAUACUCCGGCCAGUGCGACCACGAAUCCCUCCUCUCUCUCACCAAACAUCAUGCCACCCACCACCAACCUCCUCCACCCUAAAUCCCUCUACCGCCUCCGUGCCGGCAUCAUCCUCAGCCGGCCGCCCAUCCUGACGCGGACGCAGACGCCGUUCGAAGCGGCCUUUUACCUCUACCAGAAGCGGCUGAACGAGCGGCUCAGCACGCCGUUCGCGCGCCAGUUCUACUACCGCGAGGGCCAGCCUGCAGGCGUAGACUUCGCCAUCAAGUUUGGCGAGCGUAGCCACGUUAUGGCGCGCGAGAUCGGGCGGCUGACGCGCAAAGGCCGGGACGCGUGGGACGACGAGGCGCUUGUCGAGGAGGGCCAGAAGCUCUCGGACCCGGACUACAUCAGGGAGAAGCUGUAUACCGAGGCGGAGAGCCGUGUGAGCGAAGAUGGUGAGGCUCUGAGCUUCGAGGACCGGUUGCGGAUCGAGCGGCCGCUGGCCCGAGAGACGGAGGCCGAUCGGACCGGGGACGUGCGGAGGCUGGAUCGCAAGCUGGACAGAACGCUGUAUCUCAUUGUGAAGAAUCAGAAGGAGAGGUGGGUUUUCCCGCACGAUGAGGUCAGGCCGGAUGAGGGAGUGCACGAGACCGCCUCUCGAGCUUUAGAAGAUACCGCAGGUGUCAACAUGAACACCUGGAUGGUCGGACGGCAUCCAAUUGCUCUCGAGCACCGGGAGCCGAUAUACGGAACUGAUGAGGAGGGCAAGAACAGGACGCUCAAAGUCCGCGGUACGAAUGUCUUUUACCUCAAGGGAAGGAUCAUGGCCGGGCAGGUGGAUCUGACGGACAACGAGUACGGCAUCACUGAUUUCAAGUGGCUCACGAAGGAGGAGCUCAAGGAACACCUCCAGCCAGGCUUGUAUGAGAGUGUGGAGAAGUCUAUGCCAUCGCAGUAA